UCAUACCCCAUUACUACUAGAUCGAAACAUAGGGAUGCUGGCGGAGGCGGAGGCGGAGGCGGAGUCUGAAGCUCAUCUGCAGCUGGUUCUCAUCCCAUGGCCGGUGAUGGGCCACGUUCAAAUCGUGGAGUUCGCCAAGCUCAUCAUCACCCGUCAAUACCUUCUCCUUCCUGGUAAAACCCUUUCGAUCACCGUGCUCCUCAUGAAGCUUCCCGACUACAUCGACACCGUGAGCAGCUCCUUCGCCGAUUUACUCUCCACUGGCCCCGCCACCUGUCGUCUCAACUUCUUCCACCUCCCCCCGACCAAUCCAGCCCCCGAAUGGAGCUCCAGAACCCGCGGAUACUUCAUCCACAACCUCGUAUUAAGCCAAAAAUUAAACGUUGCAAAUUUCCUCCAAUCACGCAAGGCGGCCGUAGCCGGCCUAGUAGUCGACAUGUUGUGCACCACCAUGAUCGAUGUCGCGGAGGAGUUGGGGGUUCCCUCCUACGUGUUUUUCACUUCUCCGGCGAGUUUCCUCGGCGCAAUGCUGCAUUGCCAGACCCUCCAUGAUGAAAUAAACCAGGACGUGGCCGAGCUGAGGAAUGCAGAGUCUGAGGUUUUGGUCCCGAGUUUUGCCAAACCCGUCCCGCCGGAAGUCCUGUCUUUGGUCCUGGUGGACAAGCAUUUGUGGCUGGACAGGUUCCUUCACUACGCUCGUGAUUAUAGGAAAGCUAAGGGCAUAAUCAUCAACACAUUCAUUGAGCUGGAACCUCAUGCGCUCAACUCUUUUUCAGUACUAGACUCAGCAUAUGGCUCCAAACAGGUCCCUCCGAUUUACCCAGUCGGCCCGAUUCUGAACCAGGGGCCGUCUCUCAAUUCCCAUGAAGGCGCAUCAGGAAUUCUCAAAUGGUUGGACGACCAACCUUCAUGUUCAGUGGUACUCGUGUGCUUCGGGAGCCAGGGGAGUUUGAACGAAGACCAAGUGCGAGAGCUGGCAACUGGGCUGGAGAAGAGCGGAAGCCGUUUCCUCUGGUCCCUCCGCCGACAAUCACCAAAGGACAAAGGAGCAAGUUUCCCGAGCGAGUACACCAGAUAUGAAGACGUCUUGCCUGAGGGAUUCCUCGAAAGGACUGCCAAAACCGGGAAGGUCGUGGGGUGGGUACCCCAGCUGGACGUGCUGUCGCAUCCAGCAGUGGGGGGAUUCGUCUCGCACUGCGGAUGGAACUCAGUGCUGGAGAGCCUGUGGUGCGGGGUGCCCAUUGCGACGUGGCCUCUGCAUGCAGAGCAGCAGAUGAACGCCUUCCAGCUGGUGAGGGAGUUGGGGUUGGCGGUGGAGAUUACACUGAGCUAUCACGAGAGGAGCGAGAAUGGGACGGUGGUGGCGGCCGGAGAAAUAGAAAGGGGAAUUAGGGAAGUGAUGGAGGGUGGGAGUGAGGUGAGGAAGAGAGUGAAGGAGAUGAAGGAAAAGAGCAGGAUGAGUGUGGUUGAAGGUGGAUCUUCUUACCUUUCUUUCAAGAAACUUAUUGACCAUAUGAUGACCAAUAUCUCUAGUAAUAAUUAAUUAAAUUCGAUUUGUACGAAAAAGUUUUACUAAAAUCAAAUGUGACUUCGAUUUUAGACUCGUUUAUAGUGUGAUGAUUAAGUUAUAUCUUUUAUUUA